AUGCUAUCUUUCAAGGAUCACAUUACUAAACAGCUUCAACAGGUAUACGGUCCUCCCACAAUUAAUCCUCUGCUCAAGAAUCAGUCGGCGGUUGCAUAUAAUUCAUCGCUUCACUUCAAUUGCUCUCUAAGCGGUAUCCCUACACCUGAGGUACUCUGGACUAGGAAUGGGGUGAAUCUCAGUAACAACAACGCUCUCACGAUUGUUAGGGCGAGGCUGAACGACUCUGGCCAGUACACUUGCAGCGCCAAAAACAGCGAAGGGAGCAAUAACACAACUUUCUGGAUUGAAGUGGCAGGAGUCUCUCCCCAGAUCAUUGUGCCUCCAAUAGACCAAUCUAUUACCGAAGGAUACCCUGUAAACUUUAGUUGCAAAGCCACAGGUGUUCCAACACCAACAUUAGUCUGGGUUUUUAAUAAUGGUGGCCUACAACCUGUUAUCAGUAAAGCUGAUCAAGAAGGAGCGUCAUUCCUGGAAUUGCCACGUGUCACAAAAGGGAUGGAGGGGACUUACAAGUGUACAGCAAAAAACAAAGAAAAUACGACCAGUUCGUCUGCAACACUGCUUGUUUAUGGAAAAGCCUCUGCUCAAGUUGUUUCAGAGACAUAUUCAAAACUCACAACGGGAGAAGUCCUUGCAUUGACCUGCACAGUCAACGAGGAAACCGUAAACAUAACAUGGAAAAAAGACGGAGAACCAUUAACAGAACGAGCAGUUAUAGAAAUCCGAUUAGAUGAGAAAAUUAGCAGACUUGUUAUCAUUAAAGUUGUGGAAGGGGACAGAGGUGAAUAUUCUUGUGAAGCAAGUAACCAGCUAGGAACUGUGGCUCGCUCUUCGGUGACAUUGGAUGUAGGAGAAUUGGCGAGACCGGAUGCGGAAGCUCCUUCCAGCAGCUCACUGGAGUGGUACUACAUUGGCGGACCUGUGGCUGCUGUCAUUUUCCUCCUGGCUNAUCCAAGUGUAAAUCGAAUCGCUAGCAAAAUGCUGCUAGAUCAGUUUGUCUUCCAGCCUGUGAGUUACGGCUGUGUUCGUGAAAUCUUAGACAAUCUAAAUCCCCGGAAGGCUGUUGGCGUAGAUGGAAUUUCACCGCGUCUCUUAAUGCUCGUUGCUCCCAUCCUAGCGAAGGAGAUAACACAGCUGAUUAAAGAUCUGAUUAUGAACCAAUCAUGGCCAGCCGAAUGGAAGAGUGGGAACUUGGCACCGGUAUUUAAAAAGGAUGAGGAUAAACACAAAGAAAAUUAUCGUCCUGUUUCCAUUCUUACCGCCAUAUCUAAAGUGUGCGAGAAGGUUAUGUUUGACCAGCUGUACGGCGCUUUCCAUGAACAUCUCUUUUUUAUCUAUCUGGGUUCUUGA